GGUACAAGCUGUCUUCUUGCGGAAACUCGAAAAUAUUAAAAAAAAAAAAAAAACAAAUCAGCGUCUCUUCUCUACUCUUCUGGUUCUUUGCAAUGGCGUCGUCCAGCUCUGGAAGUUCAAUUGCAGCUCCAGAGGCCGUUCAAGUUCUGGUUUCGCUGCUCGCAGAUGAAUCCCCCAAUGUCAGACAAGCCUCCAUCGCCUCCCUCAAAGACGUUGCCGCCCUCAAUCCUGUUAUAGUUCUCGACUGUUGCUCGGCCGUUUCGCGAGGAGGACGAAGGCGGUUUGGUAACAUGGCUGGACUUUUCCAAGUAAUGUCAUAUGGAGUUGGAGCUUUGGACAAGAAUGACAUCGAUUCUGUUUUCAUGACUAAGCUUGCCAAGAUUGCCACGGCCGAGAUUAUCUCCUCCAAGGAGCUCAAUACAGACUGGCAAAGAGCUGCGUCAGGCCUUCUUGUUUCGAUUGGCUUGCAUUUGCCUGACCUGAUGAUGGACGAAAUAUUUCUCCAUUUGCCGGGGCCAAAUUCAGCUAUACCAGCUAUGGUUCAGAUACUAGCAGACUUUGCCCGUGCUGAUGCAUUCCAGUUCACACCACGAUUGAAAGAUGUGCUUUCGCGGGUUCUACCUAUUCUAGGAAAUGUGCGUGAUGCCCACCGGCCAAUUUUUGCUAAUGCUAUUAAGUGUUGGUGUCAGGCUGUUUGGCAAUAUAGUCUGGAUAACCCUUCUUACCCAUCUCUGGAUAGUGACAUAAUGUCAUUUCUGAAUUCUGUUUUUGAGCUUUUAUUAAGAGUUUGGGCAGCUUCAAGGGAUCUAAAGGUUCGGAUGUCUUCUGUAGAAGCAUUAGGUCAGAUGGUUGGCCUUAUUCCCCGGACUCAAUUAAAGGCUGCUCUAAAUCGGCUUGUCCCCACGAUAUUGGAAUUGUAUAAAAGAGAUCAAGAUAUUUCGUUUUUGGCAACUUGUAGUCUUCACAAUCUCUUAAAUGCUUCUGUACUGUCAGAUAGUGGUCCUCCUUUACUUGAAUUUGAGGAGCUCACCAUCAUUCUAUCAACACUCCUUCCAGUGGUCUGCAUCCAUAAUGACAACAAAGAAAACUCAGAUUUCUCAGUUGGAUUGAAGACAUAUAAUGAAGUUCAGCGUUGCUUCCUGACAGUUGGUUUGGUAUACCCUGAAGAUUUAUUUGUUUUCCUUCUUAAUAAAUGCAAAUUGAAGGAAGAACCUUUGGCGUUUGGUGCACUGUGUGUUCUAAAGCAUCUAUUACCCAGGCUGUCUGAAGCUUGGCACAAUAAACGACCCUUACUUGUUGAAGCUGUCAAAUCCUUGCUAGAUGAGCAAAACUUAGGUGUCCGAAAGGUGCUUUCAGAGUUGAUUGUCGUUAUGGCUUCGCAUUGUUACUUAGUUGGUCCAUCUGGGGAGCUGUUUGUUGAAUAUCUUGUGCGUCAUUGUGCUUUAACAGACAAUGAUAGACAUGACUUUGAGAGGUCUAAGGAUGUUUCAGGAAACACCUAUGUUCCGUUCCAAUACAAGAGAUCGGAGGUGAAAAUUGGGACACUUAGUCCAAUGGAGUUGAGGGCAAUAAGUGAAAAAAGUCUUCUAUUGCUGACCAUUACGAUCCCCGAAAUGGAGCAUAUAUUGUGGCCUUUUCUGUUGAAGAUGAUUAUUCCACAAGCUUAUACGGGUGCAGUUGCUAUGGUUUGCAGAUGCAUCUCUGAGUUGUGCAGGCAUAGAUCUUCUAAUAGCGAUACUAUGGUGAAGGAGUGCAAAGCUCGUGCUGAUAUACCAAAUCCCGAGGAGCUUUUUGUUCGGUUGGUAGUACUUCUGCAUGAUCCUUUAGCGAGGGAGCAGCUGGCUAGUCAGAUUUUGACAGUACUUUGUUAUCUGGCACCACUUUUUCCAAAAAAUGUCAGCUUGUUUUGGCAAGAUGAGAUUCCAAAAUUGAAGGCAUAUGUUAGUGACACAGAAGAUCUAAAGCAAGAUCCUUCUUAUCAAGAAACUUGGGACGACAUGAUAAUCAAUUUUUUUGCAGAAUCUUUGGAUGUGAUUCAUGAUGCUGCCUGGGUGAUAUCUCUUGGAGAUGCUGUUACCAAACAAUAUGAACUUUAUACAUCUAAUGAUGAACACUCUGCACUUCUUCAUCGCUGCUUUGGUGUGUUGCUUCAAAAAGUUAAUGACAGGGCAUAUGUCCGUGAUAAGAUAGAUUGGAUGUAUAAACAAGCAGACAUCACAAUUCCAACAAAUAGGCUUGGUCUGGCAAAAGCAAUGGGGUUGGUCGCAGCAUCCCACUUGGACACAGUCCUGGAAAAGCUGAAGGGGAUUCUGGAUAAUGUUGGGCAAAGUAUCUUUCGAAGUUUUCUUUGCUUCAUUUAUUACAGAUUCCUAUCUUUUUUCUCGGACGAUUUUAAAACUGAAGAGGCUGAUGAUAUACAUGCUGCUUUGGCUCUAAUGUAUGGAUAUGCUGCAAAAUAUGCUCCAUCAACAGUCAUUGAAGCCAGAAUAGAUGCACUUGUUGGGACUAAUAUGCUCUCACGGCUUCUUCACGUGCGCGACCCUACUGCAAAGCAGGCUGUUAUUACUGCUAUCGAUCUUCUAGGUCGUGCUGUCAUUAAUGCUGCGGAAAAUGGUUCAUCAUUUCCAUUAAAGAAAAGGGACCAAAUGCUAGACUAUACAUUAACUCUGAUGGGCCGAGAUGAGAAUGAAAACCUUUCAGAUUCUACUCUUGAACUUCUGGACACACAAGCCCGUGCUUUAAGUGCAUGCACCACGCUGGUCUCUGUAGAGCCAAAACUAACAAUUGAAACCAGAAACCAUGUGUUGAAGGCGACCUUAGGGUUCUUUGCUUUACCAAAUGAUCCAGCAGAUGUGAUCGAUCCCCUUAUUGACAACCUUAUCACUCUAUUGUGUGCAAUUCUUCUCACAAGUGGAGAAGAUGGAAGAAGUCGAGCAGAGCAGUUACUGCACAUCUUGAGACAAAUUGAUCAAUAUGUUUCUUCAGCUACCGAUUAUCAAAGAAGAAGAGGUUGUCAUGCAGUACAUGAGAUGCUUCUCAAGUUUCGGACAGUUUGCAUCACUGGACAUUGUGCCCUUGGCUGUCAAGGAAGUUGUACGCACAUCAAGCCAAUUGACCGUAAUUUGCAUGGGAACUUUUCCAACUUACCAUCGGCAUUUGUAUUGCCAAGUCGUGAGGCCUUGUCUUUGGGAGACAGGGUUAUUACAUAUCUCCCCCGCUGUGCAGACACCAAUGCUGAAGUUAGAAAAGUCUCUGCUCAGAUUCUUGAUCAACUUUUUAGCAUCUCACUUUCACUUCAGCGGCCUGCAUCUUCCACUUAUGGUGUGGACAUAGAAGUGUCCUACAGUGCUUUAUCAUCCCUCGAGGAUGUCAUAGCUAUUUUGAGGAGUGAUGCUUCUAUAGAUCCAUCUGAGGUUUUCAACAGAGUCAUCUCUUCUGUUUGUUUAUUACUCACAAAGAAUGAGCUUGUAGCUACCCUGCAUGGUUGCACAGCUGCUAUUUGCGAUAAGGUCAAGCAAUCAGCUGAAGGGGCGAUUCAAGCCGUUAUUGAGUUUGUCACAAGAAGGGGGAAUGAGCUUAGUGAAAGUGAUGUUUCAAGGACAACGCAAGCUCUGUUGACAGCUACUGCUCAUGUUACAGAGAAGCAUUUACGUCAGGAAACUCUUGCCGCCAUUUCUUCUCUUGCCGAGAGCACUAGUACGAAAGUUGUCUUCAAUGAAGUUUUGGCCACAGCCGGAAGGGAUAUAGUAACUAAGGAUAUAUCCAGACUACGUGGUGGCUGGCCAAUACAUGAUGCUUUUUAUGCAUUUUCCCAGCAUACAGUUCUUUCAUUUUCAUUCCUGGAACAUGUGAUAUGUGUCCUUGAUCAGUAUCCCAUCCUUAGAGCUGAUUCAGAGAAAGCAGACUAUUCUAGCCAUUCAGUUGAUGGUCAAAUGGAGGAUGACAUUCUUCAAGCAACCAUUAUUGCUCUCACAGCAUUUUUCAGAGGUGGUGGCAGAAUAGGAAAAAAGGCAGUUCAACAAAACUAUGCUUCAGUUCUUGCUGAGCUCACUCUUCAAUUGGGAAGCUGUCAUGGUCUGGCCAAGUGUGGUCAGCAUGAACCAUUACGGGCUCUUCUAACUGCAUUCCAAGUGUUCUGUGAAUGUGUUGGAGAUCUUGAGAUGGGAAAGAUUUUGGCUAGAGAUGGAGAGCAAAAUGAAAAUGAGAGGUGGAUCAAUCUUAUUGGAGACAUAGCAGGCUGCAUUUCUAUAAAGAGACCGAAAGAGGUUCAACGGAUAUGUGUAAUUUUUAGUAAAUCAUUAGAUCGACACCAAAGAUUCCAAAGGGAAGCUGCAGCUGCUGCAUUGUCAGAGUUUAUCCGCUACAGGUAUGCCAAUGAUGUCAACCAACACUCUACUUGUUUUUAGUUGCAUAAUUUCACG